AUGUCAGCCACUUUAGUACCGUUCCUUCCAGAUAUAGCAUCCACAUCAGCCUCCACUCCUGCAAUGUCAGCCACUAGUACCGUUCCUUCAGAUAUACCAUCGACAUCAGCCUCCACCCUUGCAAUGACAGCCACUAGUACCGUUCCUUCAUAUAUAGCCUCGACAUCAGCUUCCACUCCUGCAAUGUCAGCCACUAGUACCGUUCCUUCAUAUAUACCAUCGACAUCAGCCUCCACCCUUGCAAUGACAGCCACUAGUACCGUUCCUUCAGAUAUAGCAUCCACAUCAGCCUCCACUCCUGCAUUGUCAGCCACUAUUACCGUUCCUUCAGAUAUAAAGAUCGACAUCAGCCUCCAAUCCAGCAUUGUCAGCCACUAUACCGUUCCUUCAGAUAUAGCAUCGACAUCAGCCUCCAAUCCCUGCAAUGUUGUCAAUAAGUACCGUUCCUUCAGAUAUAGCAUCCACAUCAGCCUCCAAUCCUGUAAUGUCAAAUACCAGUACCGUUCCUUCAGAUAUAGCAUCCACACUCGCCCCUACUCCUUCAAUGUCAGCUAUCAGUACCGUUCCUUCAGAUAUAGUAUCGACAUCAGCCUCCACCCUGCAAUGUCAGCCACUAGUACCGUUCCUUCAGAUAUAGCAUCCACAUCAGCCCACUCCUGCAAUGUCAGCCACUAG